GAUGUUCCCAAACUCAAAGGGAUACAACUCCUCAUCUUCACUAUAUAAAAAGAAGCACACCACAAAAGGAGAUGCAAACCAAAGCCACCAAGCUAAAAGGUGUAUCCCUAAAGAAAAGCUUCGAAUCUCAAGACCUUACAUCACAUGGGAAAUUAGAUUGAAAGAUUGUUGUGAGUCGAAUUGUUUUACACGGAGAUUAAACAAUGUCUGCAAUUGUUUGCGGCAAGAGAUCUUUCUUUGAUGAUUUACAAUCGCCGUCGCCGACUUCAGCGUCGCCGCCUGUCUCGAAGAAGCUUCGCUGUUCUUCCUCCACUUCUCCGGUCCGAUUCUCCGCUUCGCCGCCGCCGCCGUCCACGUACAUCGAUCAGCUGAGAGCUUUAUUUCCUGAUAUGGACAGUCAGCUUAUUGAGAAAGCUCUUGAAGAGAGUGGCAAUGACUUGGAUGCAGCUAUUAAGAGGCUACAUGAGCUUCACCUUGUGUAUGCCAAUGGGAAGUCAGUUACCGAUGGAGAGAUGGAUAAUGGAGAAAACCCAGCUAAUGGCCCAGAUGUCCGAUCUGAAGGUCCUCCUCUCCAGAAUAAUCUUCCAGCUGAUGGUGCAGAAUGGGUAGAGUUGUUGGUCCAGGAAAUGAUGAGUGCUACAAGCAUAGAUGAUGCUAGGGCUCGUGCCACAAGAGUGUUGGAGAGCCUAGAGCAAUCAAUUAGUGUGCAUGCCGGUGCAGGAGCAGCUCAAAAUAUUCACAAGGAAAAUAUGAUGUUGAAGGAGCAAAUUGAGGUGCUUCUUAGAGAAAAUACCAUUCUCAAACGUGCUGUUUCCAUCCAGCAUGAACGACAAAAGGAGUAUGAUGAUAGAAAUCAGGAAGUGCAGCAAUUGAAGCAGUUGAUCGCUCAAUAUCAGGAACAAUUAAAAACGCUUGAGGUGAAUAAUUAUGCUUUGAAAAUGCAUUUGCGCCAGGCUCAGCAAAGCAACUCUAUUCUUGGACGGUUCCAUCCAGAUAUCUUCUAGUGUUGAGACACAUUCAGAUAAAGAUGUGGAACAUACAAAGACAAAGCCCGUUGGCAUCUUGUCAGCCAUGAUAUAGGAUGUAUUAAGCGAAUUCUAUACUAAUAUUGUUUUUUAGAUUGAGAAAUGGUUUGCAUGUUAAGUUGAGGCCACUUUGGUUGAUGAUCCUGAUUAAGUAAUGAGGAAUGGGCAUUAUCCAAAAGGCGAAGGCCUCAAAUGUGCUAGUACAACUGAUAUCAGGAAACUGGAGAUUAAAAUGUCUAAUUUUGCUUUCUGCUAUUCAUUUGAUAUCAGGAAACCGGAGAUUAAAAUGUCUAGUUAUUUCAUAUGCAAAAUCAUCCACUUUAUAACCUGUUCUUUUCAAUUUGAUCGACCAAUGUGAGAUCAGAAAUAUUACCCUCAAUUUUCUAUGGUGGUAACCAUCUACUUUGGCAGGCAGAUGAAGUACUCUUUUCUGGCAAUAAAGCACCUGGUGUGAGUUCUGGUCGAAUAGCUGGAUUCGGGAGAAAAUUGAUCAACAGAGAAUCCAUGUGCAUUCGGAUCCCUUUAGUUGUAUCUGAUUCUGGUUCCAUUAGGUGGUAGAAUUACGUAGGGAGAUUAAAGUUGGAGUAAAUUCACUUGACUCCUUUAACACAUUCAGAUUGAAAGAAAAAUACCUCUUUCACUUUA